AUGCUGACAGCCAACAGGAACCUUUCGAGUGAAUACGAAGACCCUAAGCUAAGAGUUUAUAUUACAAACGACACAUCCGAUGUUUACGAGGAUCAAUUCACGCGCAUUGCCCGCGAUGACAUUGGACGUAUUCGACCAACCCUCAUUUUGCUAGGAAUCCGACUGGGGAUCGACCGCGUUACCCCGGUCUAUUGGGACGGAUUACGGGCAGCCUUGCAGUACCCUCAGUCAGUCGGCGUCGCAGGUGGACGCCCCUCCGCAUCCCAUUAUUUCGUAGGAACCCAAGACUCACACCUGUUUUUCCUCGACCCGCAUACCACGCGCCCCGCGCUGCCAUACCGACGCAGCGAUGAGCCGCACACAAAGGGCGAAAUGGACACCUGCCACACCUGUCGACUGCGAAGAAUUCAUAUCAAAGAUAUGGACCCCAGCAUGCUGAUCGGAUUUUUGAUUCAGGACGAAGAGGAUUGGGCGGACUGGAAAAGAAGGGUGGCAUCUACCUCAGGACAGCCCGUCGUUCACAUACUACCCGGGGGCACACACUCGGAUCACGGCCAGGAACGAGUGGAAGCCCUGGACGAAGUCGAAAUUCUGGACGACUCGGAUACCCCGGAAUAA